AUGAUCUACAUUUUUUGGCCCAAUACUUUAACAAAACUCCGAGCUCAAGAUUGCGUAGUUAUAGGGCUUUGUUGCGGUCAAAGCGACCUACUGGUUCUAUUGCUAGCUUCAUUAGAAGUAUCGAAUAAGAUAAGUCAACCCUACCGAAAUAUAGGCGUUUUAAAGACGAAUGGUGAAUUUGAGUGUCAUCUUGACACUGAUGACUACAGCGUGGUCAUGUUUAGACCUCCCAAUUUGAAUCUCAUGCAGUUUUAUUCUUUGAAACCUAUAUCCCUGAUACUACCUGACAGAGACACAUCGCAGCUGUUUGAAUCCAAAAGCAAGCAUAUGGCAGGGUUUCGAGAGCGUGGGGGGCCACCUAGUUCCUUCAGAGACAGUCUUAAUGAGAUUAACUUGUACCAUCGAAAAUUGGAGCACUUCUAUCGUGUUCAUGAAGAAUUGAGGUUGAAAUCUGAAAAGAUAUCAUCGUCUAGAUCAAGGUUACGAAAUUGGCUUAGAAAUUUGGGCACUUCGCGAUUGAUUUCCAUUUUGCAUUAUUUGGUGAUUUACUUCACUGUCACAUUGCAUUUCAUAGCCAGUGGUGUAUCGUCACUGCUUAACAAAGGCCCUGUACCCCUCGUAAAUGUCUCUGUCACUGCACAACAAAUGGAUUUGCGAUGUCAGCAAGUUUGUUAUUUGCCAAUCCAGUUUUUACGAAUUUAUGGUAGGAAGAGUGCAACUACUUCGCCUCCGCUGCGUCCGUUGGAGACAAAUUCUUCUCGUACCUUUCUGUGCGAAAUGUACCCGGAUUACAUUCGAUUUUACAAUACUCUUUGGUUAGUUGUGAACGAUAUUUGUUUCGGUCUAAUCAUAGGAGCUUUGCUCCGCGACAACCGGUUCAAAAUUUCUGCGGCCGUAAGUCGCUCCUUAGAGGAAUUUCUUUACAAAAAAGUACGGUUCAUGACUGUAUUCUUGGGUGACAAUCCGUUCGGUAUAAAACUCAAUGGUGAAUUGGCCAAAUUCUUAAGCGAAUUGUUCCAAUGGAUUAUCGAUUUCUCGCACGAAACCUACAUUAGCACUAUCAUCCGUUAUCCCAGCGUUGAAUUCAUGGUAGAUGUCAUAUCUGGCAUUUGUUCCUUGUUCGGAGCCAAUUUCGCGUUGUCACUUAUCGCGGAUUUGGUUUCACUGCUAUCAAUGCAUAUUUCGCUGUUCUAUUUCAUAAGUGCCAGGAUCUACAAUUGGCAACUGAAUCUGAUGCUCACACUGUUCUACUUAUUUUGCGGGAAAAAACGUAACGUUUUAAGGAAACGUGUCGAUGGAAACAUGUUUCAGCUGGAUCAAUUGCUGAUGGGCACUCUGUUCUUCACGGUCAACGUGUUCUUGUUACCAACUGUCGCGAUCUUCUACGCAUUUUUCACUUUACUCAGAAUAGUCAUAUUAACGCUGGAAGUUACACUGGAAUCCACAAUGGCCAUGUUGAAUCAUUUCCCGCUGUUCGCACUAUUGUUGCGUUUGAAAGAUCCUAGAAGAAUACCCGGCGGCAUUUAUUUUCACCAAUUGGGCAACGACGGACGCAUGUUUCGCUUGGAAAAUAAAUCAUUGAGCUUGCGCAGCAUGUUCAAGCCGUUUUCAGCGCUAAUGAGUUACACGACGAACACAUACAUUUCGUCGACUACUUUGGCCCGAUGUAUCGUCGGACUGCCAAUUCUCGUCCAAAGACGGAGAAUGUACCAGACACUGUAUUUUUCAUUGCCCACGAGGCCCGAAACACCGCGUGAUCUGUGGAACCUUUUGAAGACGACACUUCCAUGA